GCAUAGUUUAUUGCUUUUAGUUUCCAAAAGAUAUUCAAACAUGUCUUGCUUUAGGAUUAGGUUUGUUGGUUCAAUUUUUGUAUGGUUUGAAAGUGGAUAUGGCAGCUUGCCUCUGGUUGCCAACAGGCGUUAUUUACAUGAUUUACCUGGAACUCGUUCUCUUAGUGUUAUUUUUUGUAUAUCAUUUACUCUUAGUCAAUCCCAGAUGUGUGACUAGAUGUUGUUGCAGGAUGUUACGAUCAUUUUCCGGAGGAGGGGAGGAGAUGAUCUGGAACAAAACCACUCUCAAUGGGUAAAAACUGUCCGUUCCUCUCCUGAUGUCAUUGGAAUGACUUUCUAUCCUAUUGCUGCUCUGCUUGACGGUGUAGCUGGAAAGGAGCAUCUGGCUCGUGCCAUGAGUCUUUAUCUUGAAUACAAGCCUCCGAUUGAAGAACUGAGAUGUUUUUUGGAGUUCCAGAUUCCUAGGAUAUGGGCUCCCGUAAAGGACAAGAUUCCCGGCUUCACCACUUGCACGGUUGGACCUUGUUAA